AUGUGUAGAUCUGCUGUGUGCGAAUGGCAAUGUACUGACGCGCGCAACCCAGGGCCGACAUGUCUACCACCGCACGAGAAGCAUUCAUCGACGCAAUACGAUGUUUUCGCCGCGUACCCGCACACUCACCUCCCCCCCCCCGACGCGCCAGGUGUCAGAACUCGAUGGGACGAGUUCGUCUACGUUCACGCCAUCGACACCAUCCCCGAUGCAAACUCCAUCCAUGGCUCUCCCCUCCUUCUUACCUUCCACCGCGCCUUCAACGCCGAAAUGCAAUUCGCCCUCCGUGACGAGUGUGGUUGUGAAGGCGGUCUACCCUACAUGGACUGGACCAAAUACCCUGGCACUCCCAUGUCAUCCUGGCCCAUGUUCGACGGCUCCGCCACCUCCCUGGGCUCCAAUGGCGACACAACUCAACACGGCUGUCGCUGCGUCACAACAGGUCCCAUAAGCGACUGGGCAGUAAACCUAGGCUCUGCAGGCGAAGACAGCAUCUGCUCCCAAAACUCAGACCCCAACGGCAUGGCCCACAACUCGCACUGCCUGGAGCGCCUCUUCGCCUCUUCGCCUCAGAAAACCUCCCCGACCUCCGCGAAGAAAUCGUCCUCUCGACAAUCCUUGACAACGAGGACGUAA